AUUUAUUCUCGUCACACUCGUUUGGUAUUAUUUUUUUCAUACAAGCAGUUUUUGCUUAAAAAAGCCCAAAGUAGCUACAUUGCAAACCAGUACAGGUCUCACUCUCGCGCUGUGUGUGCCUAGCAAGCUUACAACCAAAUCGGUCCGGCAAACGAUCAAAGAUUAGUGACCACAACAGUAGUGACUACAGUGUACGAGUAUAAAGCGACUACGCUUCGCGUAAUUAUUUCCAUAGCUUUUGAUUAAGUACGCUCGCGCUCGCAAAGUUUAACCACAAUACAUUUUUUGUUUCGAUAAUUAAAUAAUAUAAAUAAUAACGAAAACAUUAUCAAUUACAAGAAAUUUCAUCAAAAUGGAUAUGGGUCAUAUGCACGAUAAUGGUACCAUGGCGCCGAAAGCUCAUUGUCCUAUGAUCAUGGUGUUCCAUGGCGGGCAUUGUGAGCGCAUACUUUGGAGCAGUUGGGUCGCCAGUACAUACGUAGAAUUCAUAUUCUCUUGCUUAGCAUUUGUUGUGAUGGGUUUUCUUUAUGAGGCAUUAAAAUUUUUGCGUCAACAACUCAUCAAACGUGCUGUAAACAAAGAAGCUGAGCGCAUCAAUAUGGAAUUGGAAUCAAAACAGAUAACUAGUAGCACAUCUGGCUCGAUUGGACGUAGUUCCAGAGAAGCUUUAGCCGAAAUACGUGUAACAAAAACAAAAUAUAUCCAGUAUGCAUUGACAUCGACACACAUCGUUACGUCACUACUCUUUUUCGUACAAGUCGCUCUCUCCUAUUUGUUGAUGUUGGUAUUCAUGAACUAUAACUACUGGUUAUGUCUAUCAGUUAUUGGAGGUUUAGGUUUUGGUUAUUUCAUUUUCGGUUGGAGUCAACACGAUGCUUAUGAUAAUGAGUGUUGUCAUUAAAUUAUUAACAUUUAUGCAGUAAGCUUUUUAGAAAAUACCCUGUAUCAUUGUAGAUAAGUGGCAGUUGCUGCAAAAAAUUAUGUUUUUUUAAUUUAUAAAUGGAAAUUUAUUAAGUGAUUAUGAACAUGAUUUUAAAUAUUGUAUAUAGUAUUUCUACCAUAAUUUUGUAUAUAUGUAUGUAUAUAUUUUUAUUUUAAAUAAUAUCGGAAAUUCGAAUAAUAAUAC